UCUGGGAAAUUAUUGUUGAUACAUUAUUAAAUGUUUUGGUUAAAUUCAUUUCUUAAUUUGAAAUGUUUAUAUAAUAAAUUAGUUUUGAGUUUUAUUGGUAAAAGUCGCCAUUGUUGGAAAAAUAUGGAUUGUAUCGAUUUGCAUCCGCCUAGUUCUGUAAAUGGAAUGACAUUAUUAGACAAAAGUUUGUUCAGAAAGGUAAUUAAAAUACCGCAAUUGAAAAUUCCACGAGAAAAAUCAAACGAAAUUUUACCACUACUUAAAAAUUAUUUGCUAAAAAUGGAAAGGAUUAAACCUGUUUUCCCCAACAAAGAUAAUACUGAAGAAAAAAUUGUUUUAUUACACCCAAAAGCAUAUAAUUGGGAAAUUCUUCCAAAAAAAGAAUUAAACGACAAAAAUAUUACAGAAAAAUGUUUUCAGUACGGAGAAUUAGAAUUGAAUUACGAAAAUUGGAAAGCCGAUGAAAUUCUUAAAGCUGUUUUGCCGAAAGAUUCUGAAUCUUUAACUUCUUAUUCAAAAAUCGGCCAUAUAUUGCACGUAAAUUUACGAAACCACUUGUUACCAUAUAAAACUUUAAUUGGCGAAGUGCUAAGGGAUAAAAUCCCAGGUUGCAGAACAGUUGUAAAUAAGUCGCAUUCAAUAGACAACACUUUUAGAAAUUUUUCGUUAGAAUUGUUGUGUGGUGAGGAAAAUUAUAUCACUGAAACUAAGGAAAACGGAGUUAAAUACCAAUUUGAUUUUUCAAAAGUAUAUUGGAACCCUAGACUGUCUACUGAACAUGAAAAAGUAGUGAAAAACCUAAAGUUCGGUGACAUUUUUUAUGAUGUUUUCGCAGGUGUUGGACCUUUUAGUAUUCCAGCCGCGAAAAGAAAGUGUUCAGUAAUAGCAAAUGAUUUAAAUCCAGAAAGUUAUACUUGGCUGAAAGUUAAUGUAAAAAUGAAUAAAUGCGAGAGUAAUAUGGAAAUCUUUAACAUGGAUGGAAGAGAUUUCAUUGAAAAAAUUGUUAAAACAGAUUUGGCAAAAAAACUGGAAGAAAGCAAUCAUGCAAAAUCCCGGAAAAUUUUUAUCACAAUGAAUUUGCCUGGAAAAGCUGUUGAAUUUUUAGAUGCCUUCAAAGGUCUAUUAAACGAUAAACCAGAAUUGGAAUCAAAGCAGUGGUGUUUACCAUUAGUUCAUGUUUACUGCUUUAUUAAGGGAGAAGCAAAUAAAGAUUUAGUUUUAAAUUUUGUUGAAGACAAUGCUGGUUACAAAAUACGAGACAACUUGGCGGAAAUUCACUUUGUUAGAAACGUAGCUCCCAGCAAGGAUAUGUACAGAGUAUCGUUUUAUUUGCCGAAGAAUAUAUUAUUUGAGGACGUUUUAAUACGUAAAAGAAGGAAUUUAAAACCUGAACAUCAACCGGACCAAAACAAGAAAAUCUGCACAAAUCAUUAAGGAAACAUUACUAAUAUUUCAAGUUAAUUUUUUUUUUAAUUUUUUUGUGGUUGUGCGUACUUAUGUACUCUAAAAAAUAGAUAUUCAACUGUAAAAAAUUUAAAUGUUAAACAAAUAUUUCAUUUUCACAAUAGUACGCAUAUGUUGUUUCAAUAUAUUUUGCAAAUAAAAUUGUUUUUCAAAGGUUAAAUAAUAUGAACUUUUUAAUUUUAAACCUAUAAAAAUAUAUCUAUUUAAGUAGAAUACCCAUAGUAGUAAAUAUCUCAUAUCCAUAUAAUCUUA